GAGAGGCGGACGGGUGACACAUUUUGUGCUGUCAAUGUUGACAAUGUGUAAUUUUAUACAUCUUUUCAUACACUGAGAAAUUCGACAAGAUGACGUUUCUGACAACAGCAGUGAAAGUCCGUUUUAUUUUAAUUUUUGCCUGAUGUAAAAUUAUGUUUCAGUAUCUGACACAUUAGUUCAGUGCCAUGCAAAGUCGCUGUUAUUACUAAAUGCCGAAGACGGUCAGGUUUUUUUUUGUAUGAAAAUAAAGUAUUUGCGAGAAUCCAUAUGUGGUGGGCACUUGGCUAUAUACAAUUUAUUUAAAGAUCUGCACAUUUAUCACUGAUGAUUCACUAUCUGCAGUUGCCCAAACCGAAGUUUGAAACCGUUAAUUUUAACGGUGAUACCCUCCUACACAUUAACCUUGCAAUUGUGUGGAUUCAUGAGGCGUUUUUUUUCCCCCCAAGUACUUAUAUGUAGGACCAGUGGCAAAGGAAGCUAGAUUUAAAUUUGUCACAUAUUGGCACGAACCGCGUUUAUUUUGUAAAGUUAUUACAUCAUACUAGAAAUAAUCCAAAAUUUCACAUUUUAGUACGCCCAUUAUAUUUAAUUUUGACUUGGACAUUUCCGUAUUUUACCCAACAGUAGCUGUUGGUUCGUGAUUUCUGUGCCUUCACUGAUUUUUGAUAAUAUGAACAAAUCUUUGUAAGCAAUCUAGCUGAUCAGUGAAGUAACAUAACGGGUCAAAUUAACCUUGGCUGUUUGUUCACAACUCUAUCAAUCAAUAGAUAACAUGUCAUAAAAGACAUUUCCUUCUCCUCCCCCCUCUCUCCACCAUCAUGUUCACAUUUAUGCAAAUAGUGUACAACUGUCACAGAGCUUUCCAGAUAAGAGGCUGAUUAUUUUCCCCGAAGUGCAGCUUUCAAGUUGGGCAGCAAUGGCCAGAGAUCAAGUUGUUCUGAGCUUUCAUGAUACACUGUUGCACAGAUCUGACAUUGAGCUAUUAACAGGUCCAUACUGGUUAAAUGAUACACUUAUAAGUUUUUAUUUUGAAUACUUGCAAAGGGUGUUAUUCAUGAAUCAAAAAGAUUAUUUAUUCAUUGGACCGGAAGUAACACAAUGUCUGAAGGUAUCACCAUUUGAGGAAAUAAAUGUGUUUUUGGACCCACUAAAUGCAAAAGAAUAUAAAUAUAUUUUCCUUGCAUUGAAUGAUUCUGACAUAGUUGAGACAACUGGUGGUACCCACUGGAGUUUACUAGUUUACUGCAAGCUGGAAGAUACAUUUUUCCAUUUUGAUUCUUCUUCUGGCUUUAAUAAUCAUCAUGCAAAAGUACUGGCAGAUGGGCUUUCAAAGUAUUUCUCUCCAAUUGCUAAAUCAGUCUUUAUUGAAGCACCAUCUCUCCAACAGACCAAUUCUUAUGACUGUGGGGUUCAUUUACUGUGUAAUGUCGAUCACAUUAUAGGGAUGUCUAAACAAUGUAAGAGCUUAAGAGACAUUGGUUUAGUAAACAGAAUGAUUGUAAAUACAAAGAGAAUGGAAAUUUUGGACUUGAUUGAAACUCUUUCAGAAAAGAGGGAAUAAAUAUCUUAUGUACAUUGUGUGUA